AUGGGGAGUAAUUAUUGUCAGGGUGGGGAGGAAUCGUUAUACCUGGGCGGAAAUCGGAGGAAUAGAUUUGGAAUCACUCUUCAGGGGAUGAAUGGUUUCACUGAGUUUGAGAAGCACGGCUAUAGACUUUUCUCAUUUUCGGCUGGUGCUUCUGGAAUUGGGGAUGAAAUUUGCUUUUGUUUAUGUGACAAUCCAGAAACAUUUCAUUUGCCCCAAACCGCAGAAGAAACACAGGCGUUUAUUGAGGACUUUAAGAAAGAAGUAAAGAUCAAGCUAUUGGUGAACAAGAAAAACUUAUCGUCCACCGUAUCAAGAAAAGGAAGUAUUGUAGAUAACCGACCUUCAGCUGCGUAUGUUGGUUCUUUGGGCAUCAUUAUGCUAUUAGUGGUCUUCAUAUCUCUAGUGCUUUUGGACUUGCCUCGAGGAAUCGCUUUUUAUAAAGCACUCAAAUAUCAACAAUAA